AUGCUUUCUAGAACUGUUCAAAAGAAUCUCUUCAAGAGAUCAAACGCUGUUUCUUCAGUUAGAUUUAUCUCUGCUUUCAGCGAAAUUCCUUUAGCUCCACCUGAUAAGAUUCUCGGAAUUGCCGAAGCUUACAACAAGGACAGCAACCCACAAAAAAUUAACUUGGGUGUAGGUGCUUACAGAGAUGACACUGGAAGACCAAUUAUCUUCCCAAGUGUAAAGAAGGCUGAAGAAAAAUUAUUGACCGCUGAAACUGAAAAGGAAUAUACUGGUAUUAUUGGUAAUAAGAAUUUCCAAAAUAUCAUUAAAAAUUUUAUCUUCAACAACUCAGGUAAGGAUGUCAAUGGGGAAAAAUUAAUUAAGGACGGUAGAAUUGUUUCCUCGCAGACUAUCUCUGGUACAGGAUCUUUGAGAGUUAUCGCGGACUUUUUAAACAGAUUUUACAAUACCAAGCAUAUUUUGGUGCCAAAGCCAACUUGGGCUAACCACAUCGCUGUCUUCAACGAUGCAGGAAUCACUUCUGAAUUCUAUUCUUACUAUGACACUUCCGUUAACGGAUUAGACUUUGAAAACUUGAAGUCUAGUUUACAAAACGCUCAAGAAGGUAGCAUUGUGUUGUUACACGCAUGUUGUCACAACCCAACUGGUAUGGACUUAACUGCCGAACAAUGGGAUGAAGUUUUAGCUAUUGUCCAAGAAAAAUCCUUCUACCCAUUAGUCGACAUGGCUUACCAAGGUUUUGCCUCUGGUGACCCAUACAAGGAUAUCUCUUUAAUCCGUAGAUUAAACGAAUUGGUUGUUGCAGGAAACAUUCCAUCAUACGCCUUAUGUCAAUCUUUCGCUAAGAACAUGGGAUUGUACGGUGAAAGAACCGGAUCAAUUUCUAUUGUCACUGAAUCUCAAGAGGCAUCCACUAGAAUUGAAUCCCAAUUAAAGAAAUUGAUUAGACCAAUGUACUCAUCUCCACCAAUUCACGGUUCCAAGAUUGUUGAACAAAUUUUUGCUGAUGAAUCACUUUUCCAAUCGUGGUUAUCUGACUUGAACAGCGUUGUUGGACGUUUAAACUCUAUUAGAACUAAGUUUUACGAAAAGUUGGACAAGACCAACUACAACUGGGAACAUUUAAACAAGCAAAGAGGUAUGUUCGUCUACACCGGUUUAACUAAAGAACAAGUUAUUGAAUUGAGAGAAAAAUACUCUGUUUACGCUACCGAAGAUGGUAGAUUCUCCAUUUCUGGUAUCAACGAAAGCAAUGUUGAUUACUUGGCUGAUGCAGUCAACAAGGUUAUUGCCAAAUAG